GAGCGAAUAUGUAAAUAAUGGUCAAAAGACUGUCGAGCAUUGUCAAAUUUUGUUUUCAUUGUAAUUUUAUUGUUAUCAGUGCUUGUAUUUUACAACUUGUGCAUAUAAUGGUAAAGAUUUAAUUUAUCAAUUACGAUGGUCGUUGAUGAAUAUGAAAUUAUCGUGCAAAGUUAUCCAGAAAUGAUACUAAUUUCUGAAUCUCCAGUUACAUGGCAAGGUUUUUUAACAGUUUCGUGUCGAUCUAAUUCAGGACGAAAUACUCGAGUAAAAUUGAAACUAAUCGUACCGAAUUAUCCAUCGUUACACGAUGCAGACAUUAAUUUUGGUAAAGAAAUCACACUCAUACGUAAUAUAGAGUUUAGUCAGAAGGUGAAAAAUUUGAUGGAAAACAUAACAAAAGUGUCUUCAUUUUUAAGGCAAUUACAAUCACUUAUAAGUAGUUUUAUGAACAUUGCUCGCCUUGAAGAUGACACAUAUGAAGUAACAGAUAAUGAAGCAGUGGAAGUAAUGCAAGAAUUAAAAGAUGCGCUUAAGGCUCCACCAGGGGUUAAAUUAUUAUCUGAUAGCAAUUUAAAUACAAUUCAAUUAUCAUUGAAAAAUGUGUCUUUAAAAUUACAAAGAACAAAGCAUAGACCAAAUCCCUGGAAAGUUAUCUAUUCAGAUUUGCCUGAAAUAUCUGCCUUUGGACCCUUUGAAAGGAAUUUGUCAACAUUAAUUAUUGCAAAGAAUAAAUUCAAGUUACAAGUGGAGAUACUUGAAAAUACAUGGUCAAAUUUGAGACUGAUCGAUGAAAAGUGUUGGGUGUUGGAUCCACUAAAACCAACAUUUUCCCAUCUUUAUCGCCGAAUUUACUUAACACCAUCUUUAUCAAUGUUUAUUCAAGUGGAUCCCUUGAAUCCUAUGGACUUGCCAGAAAUUAAAUUUAUGGGUACCGACAUCGAAAUUAAAUUGCAAAUGGACCUUCUUUCAAAGAAUAUACAUUAUUGGAGUCCAAAACGUAAUAUAGUAGACAAUCUAAUGAUGUUGUUACAUAUAGAUACAUUUCCCCCAAAAAAAGAAAAAGUAUGCAUAGAAGAUAAAAAUGCUAUUGUGACUGAUGAAGAAUGUUGUAUUUGUUUCUCUAUGAAAUUAGACGAUGAAACUCUACCUGACAAAAUAUGCAGUAAUCCACAAUGUAGGAGACAUUUUCAUACACCUUGUCUAUUACAAUGGUUGCAAGCUGUUGCUAGUAAUCAUAUUGUGUUUGGUCACAUUCAUGGUGCUUGUCCACACUGUCAAGAAAGUAUAUCGUGUUGCAUUAACUCGUGAAUUUAUUUAAAUUUUAUUUCAGAUAAGUUACACCGAUUUUAUU